CUCUCACCUUCACUCUGAGAUUAUUUCAGAACUCUGCAGGCCGUUUCAGUUGGAUGAGAACCUUGGAAAAGAGAUUAUUCAGAUACCUUCUUCAACAGCUGACUUCAACCAAAAUAAAGAUUUUAACGUGUUCCCAAGACGAAAGGCGGGACAUAGGAACUAUUUAGCGCAAGCAACAUGCUUCUGAUUCAGCCCCUCUACUAAACUGUAAAAAUAUGAUAAUUAGAACUGGUUGGUAUCUUCCUGAAGAAGACUUUCAAGAGUGCCCAGUAUGUUUCACUUCAUUCAGAAGUUUUCUCAAGCAUCUUCAAAGAUGCUGCAGUGUACUUUCACAAUGAGACUAGGAGCCAGCAGGAGAACAGAUAUACUUUCUCUCAAGACAUCUCUCCAGUGGAACUUUUCUACUUUGUGUCUAAGGCCUUGGUGUUUUCCAUCAUUUCCAGUGUGUAUGAGUACAGCACGAUCCUAUCAUACAUCCCCAUGCAGCUUUAAGAAGAAGCAGAAGCAAGAAAUACUUCCAGCAAGGCCACCAAUGAGCAUCACUUACCUGCCUGAAAGCCCAAGGCCAGCAUUGUAUAUUACUCUGACAGGACUAAUCCCUUUCAUUGCUCCACCACUAAUCAUGAUCAUGACAAAGUCUUAUAUCCCUGUACUAGCUUUUACUCAGAUGGCUUAUGGAGCCAGUUUCCUGUCUUUUUUGGGAGGAGUCAGAUGGGGUUUUACUCUGACAGAAGGUAGUCCAGCCAAACCAGACUACCUUAAUUUAGCUAACAGUGUAGCUCCAAUUAUGUUUUCAUGGUUUGCCUUCCUCAUUUCUGAAAGACUCAGUGAGGCCAUAGUCACAGUGAUAAUAGGUUUUGGGAUAGCAUUACACACUGAAGUAUUUCUCUUGCCACAUUAUCCCAGCUGGUUCAAAGCCCUGAGGAUAGUGAUCACUUUAGUGGCUUUUUUCUCAUUUGUAAUCACUUUAAUACUUCAAGAUAUUUAUCCAGAGAAAGGACCUAAGAGACCUGGUGAGGUAGAAUAAAUAUAAUAUUACUUUGUCAAUAGCAUUAAUAUGUUGGAUACAAGUUUAUGUGUAUGUGAGAAGGGGAAGUGGGGGUGCUAGGGAAACAAACCCAGGGCUUGAACAUGGUGGGAAAGCACUCUGCUAUUUUGGGAUGGACCCCCCCAGUUCCCUUGCCUUCAAGGUUUCUAAAAUUGUAUUUUAAUAUCCCACCUGGUAAUUUAUUCAUCCCACCACCUGGUAAUUUAUUCAUCAUAGAUUGUUUUGAAUCAUUUGUAGCUGGGCACAGUAGUGCACACCUGUAAUUUCAUCACUGGGAAGGCUGAUGCAGGAAGACUGCUAUGAGUUUGAGGCCAGCAUGGCCGCAUAAGUUUAAGGUUAACCUGAACUACACAGACCUUGUCUCAAAAAACAAAACAAAAAAAUCAUUUCUAGUCAUUACUUAAAACAUAAAAUUGAAAAUUUCACAAAAGUCCUUGUCAUAUUGGGUUAAUUUAUGUUGUCUUUAUGAAUUAUAGUCAUUUGUUUAAACAUUUCAAUGUUUUGUUGUGUUUUUUGUUGUUGUUUGGGUUUUUUUUGUGUUUUUAAGACAGGGUCUUACUAUAUAGUCUGACCUUGAUUGAGUUCACUUUGUAGGCUGGUCUCAAACUUGCAAUGAUCUUCUUGCUUCAACCUCCUGAGUUCUGGGAUUAUAGGUGUGCUACACUACCCAGCUUCAAUGUUUUAACUAUCUUGAAAAAUAUAAAAGACCAAAAAAUCUCCUUUGUUAUGCUGACUGUAGUGGCACAUGUGUAUAAUCCCAGCACUCCUGUUAUUCUAGCAUUCAGGAGGCUGUGGCAGGAGAAUUGCUGCAAGUUUGAGGCAGCCUGGGCUACCAUAGUGAAUUUAAGACCAGCCUGAACUGCAGAACAAGAACCUUUCUUAAAAAAAAAAAAAAAGCAAGAAAGAUCCUUUUAAUAGAGCCUUAUAAUCAGUAAAAAAAAAUAUAUUCUCCCAGCUCACAUGGAAAACCUAUAAACGAGUGCCUGAAAUGAAAGGUGAUUCCAGCCUGCCUUUUUGAGUUAAAUGUCCAAUCUUAUUUUACCUAAUGUAAGUUUUAUGAGCCGAAAGAAUAUAUUGCUCUGAACACAGUAGGAACAGCAUUCAGUGGGAAAGCCAUGUUAAACAGAAACCCUGGAUAUAAGUUUCAUUUCUUACUGGCAUUUGACCUGCUAAACAUACAACUUGAUUUUACCACCAGACAAUAAAAUCAGUUGGUCAGUAUUCUAAAGAAUAAAGCCAGGGCUGGGGAUUUAGCUCAGCGGCAUAAGCACCUGCCUUGCAAGCAGGUGGUCAUGAGUUUGUUCCCCGGUACCAAUUAAAAAAAAAAAAAAGAAUAAAGCCACUACACAUAAAUUAGAAAGGAAAAUCCAAGCUGGAGCCAUAUGGACAUACCAACAAGCAGGCCUAUCUAUUUCUGCAUUUUUUAACUCAAAAGUUUUUACACAAAAACUGUGAAAUCAAUACCUUGAAUUUUACCCUGAAAGCCCAGUCUCUGAAAUUUCUAGGUUUAGAAAAAGGAAAAACAUUUGUAAAUGGUGUUAAGUAUAUAUCAGAGAAUUGCUGUAUUACUAUAUAAUAAGUAUUCAAAUACCAGUCAAUAAAUUUCUUAAAUUAUAUACAUGA